CUUCCACCCACGCAAUUCCCCACUUUGACACCAAAAGGAGCAGCAGCCAUGUCGUUCGGACAGCCCGCCCAGGCCGGCGGGUACUUGAACCCGAACAACGAUUACACCAUCGGCGAGGCCAUUAAUGACGGUAUCCAGGACCUGGCGUGGAGCCCCACGAGCAACGUGCUUGUGUCAGGCAGCUGGGACAACUACGUGCGCUGCUGGGAGGUGCAACAACAAGGCACACAGUUCAACGCCGUCGCCAAGGCACAGAUCGCGCACGAGGGUCCCGUACUGUGUACGGCCUUUAGCGGGGAUGGCAGCGCGGUGUUCUCGGGAUCAUGCGAUAAGACAGCCAAAAUGUGGGUGCUAAAUGGACCCGCGCAGGGCCAGCAGAUCGCUGCGCACGACGCUCCGAUCCGCAGCAUUGCUGCAAUUCAGGAGGCUAACUGCGUGGCCACGGGUAGUUGGGAUAAGACGCUUAAGUACUGGGACACGCGGUCACCCACGCCCAUGGCCUCAGUGCAGCUCUCGGAGCGCUGCUACGCCAUGGAUGUCAAGCACCCGCUGCUCGUUGUGGCCACAGCCGACCGCCAAGUGCACAUUUUUGACAUCCGCAAACCGUCGCAGAUCUACAAGUCGAUCCAGUCGAAUCUCAAGUUCCAGACGCGGACGAUUGCGUGUUUUCCGGAUGCUUCGGGUUUCGCCAUCGGUUCGAUCGAAGGACGUUGCGCUAUUCAGCACGUCGAGGACAAGGACAAGAGGUGCGUGCUGAGCUUGAAUAACUCCAGGCGAUAUUUUUGUACAUGUUACGCCUGUUGUGAUGACAGGAAUGACUUCGCGUUCAAGUGCCAUCGCGAUGGAUCGGAUAUUUAUCCAGUGAGCAGCAUCGCGUUCCACCCGUUCGGCACGUUUGCUACCACGGGCGGAGAUGGCACGUUCUGCUUCUGGGACAAGGAUGCCCGUCAGAAGCUCAAAACUUUCAACAAAUGCAACCAGUCCAUUACGACCGGCAAAUUCAACGCGCGCGGAGAUAUCUUUGCCUACACGUUGUCGUACGACUGGUCUAUGGGCGCGGAGAAAUACAAUCAGAGCCAACCGAGCGUCAUUCGGCUGCACAGCGUGGCGGAGGCGGAAAUCAAGCAGAAGAAAAAGCCAGGUACUGGGUCGCGGAAUUCGUUCUAGAAACGUAAGCCACAAGCCGCGGACAAACCGUCGGGGCGUGGCUUUAUCUGUGCGUGUUUCUUGCGGCUACACUUGCUGCAUCUGUCUCGAUUUUCCCCAACUUAAUAUUUGUUCUCGUCUGCUUUUGUGUUUGCCCCGCUAGCCUCUAGAUAAAGUAUUGAUCCACCCCCAUCGUCGACCGCUCACGCCUCAACUCGACCUCUGUUCAGCUCGAAGCCAGUUGCAUUUAUCGCCUUCCGUUGCUCAAGGCGGGACAGAAUUUGCAAGACAAGAAAGAUGCCAGAGGUCACACAUUCGUUCAAAGGAGAAUGCAACACCAGUACCCAAUCAGUGUCUAUGAGUUGAUUUGCCAAACGCGUUUGUAUGUGUGUAUGUGCUGUGUUUACUGUGCCGGUUCGUGAGGUGCGCCAAGACGAUCCAGUGCCUGCGUCGCCUCCUGCAGUCCACCCUUCGCUGCCAACUGGUAGUACUGAAUGGCCUUCUCGUAGUCUGCCGGAAUUCCCUGGCCGUUCUCGAACAACUGUGCCAGACACAACUGCGCUUGCGGAAUUCCACCUUCAGCAGCUAGGAAGAAGAACUGUGCCGCCUUGGCAUGAUCCUGCUCAAUGCCGCGUCCAAGCAUGUAACAAGCUCCCA